UUUUUGUGAAUUGAAUGAAAAAUGUGGCAAUAUUUAUAGUAUAUAUAUUGUGUCAUACAUACUACCAAACUUCAUCAAGUCAAUUCAGCUUUACCUUUUAAGACGCAGCCAUUCCUCAUCAUGUUUCUAGUAAAUACUACUAAAUGAAUGAAUCUUAAUCUCAUCAAAAUCAACCUAAUCUUUUCUUCUCCAAAAACAUCUUAACUUCACAAUCUUAGUAACCAUAAUCAAUGUCUUUUCUCUUAAUCCUCAACAUAACACUAUUAUUAUUAGUUUUGUUUUCAGUUACACUUUCAUCAUCAUCAUCAUCUUCAACUGAAUUUGUCUAUAACAGAAACUUCAACUCAACAAACAUAAACAUUUAUGGAAAUGCAACAAUUCAAAACUCAAUUCUCACUCUUACAAACCAAACAUUCUUUUCAAUUGGUCGUGCUUUUUACCCUCAAAAACUACCUACAAAACAAAACAAAAAUUCUUCAAUUUUUCUUCCUUUUGCAACAUCUUUCAUAUUCUCAAUUUCUCCAUGCAAAAAUUUCCCAGUUGCUCAUGGUUUUGCUUUCAUUUUCUCACCUUCAAUGGUAAUCAAUGGAGCACUAUCAGGAAAUUAUCUUGGACUGUUUAAUAGAUCAAGUUCAGGUGAUGAUUCUAACCAUGUUUUUGCUGUUGAAUUUGAUGAUUUUAGAAAUGAAGAAUUUGAAGAAGUUAAUGAUAAUCAUGUUGGUGUUGAUUUGAAUUCAAUGAUUUCUAAGUAUUCUGAACCUGCUGAAUUUUGGGGUGGAAAAAAUGGUGAAAAUUUGGAAAAAUUGAAACUUUCUAGUGGUGAAAAUUAUCAAGUUUGGAUUGAAUUUAGGGAUUUUGAAAUUAAUGUUACUAUGGCUCCGGCUGGGAAAAGAAAACCUAAAAAGCCUUUGAUUAGUAAGCCUAUUAAUUUUUCUAGGGUUUUUUUGGAUGAAAUGUAUGUUGGAUUUUCUGGAUCAACUGGGAAAAUGGUUGAUACUUGUAGAAUUUUGGCUUGGAGUUUUAGUCAUUCAAAUUUUUCGAUCGGUGAUGCUUUGAAUACUAAGCAUUUACCUAACUAUGUGAAUCCAAAGAAAUUCAUGUAUAAAUCUAAGGUUUUCAUUAUAGGUGUGAUUUUCGGUUUAGUUUUAGUCUUCGGUUGUUGCAGUUUGGUUUUAUUCAUUUUGAUGAGAAAAAGAAAGGAAGAAAAAGAGGGAGAAUUUGAAGAUUGGGAAUUGGAAUAUUGGCCUCAUAAGAUUAGCUAUAAGGAGAUUUGUGAUGGAACAGGUGGAUUUUGUGAAGAGAAUGUGAUAGGGAUUGGAACAAGUGGGAAAGUAUAUAAAGGAGUUUUGAAAGGCGGAGAAGAAGUCGCAGUGAAGAGAUUCAAUCAUGAUACUCAACAUGGAAUGCGAGGCUUUUUAGCAGAGAUUUCGAGUUUAGGAAGAAUGAAACAUCGAAACUUGUUGGGUUUCAAAGGUUGGAGUAAAGGAAAAGGAGGGAAAUUGAUAUUGGUUUAUGAUUACAUGGAGAACGAGAGUUUAGACAAAAGAAUCUUCGAGUGUGAAGAGACCAAGUUGCUUAAUUGGGAACAAAGAAUAAGAGUUUUGGAAAAUGUAGCUAGUGGAGUUUUAUAUCUACAUGAAGGUUGGGAAUUUGAGGUUUUGCAUAGAGAUAUAAAAGCAAGUAAUGUACUUCUUGACAAAGAUAUGAAUGCAAAAAUCGGUGAUUUUGGACUUGCUAGAUUGCAGCAUCAAGAACUAGUAACUGACACAACAAGAGUGGUAGGCACUUUAGGGUACAUGGCACCGGAAUUAGUCAAAGUUGGUAAACCUUCAACUGCAACUGAUGUUUAUAGUUUUGGAAUAUUGGUUUUAGAAGUUGUUUGUGGUAGAAGACCAAUUGCAAUGGAUGAGCCACCAUUGGUUGAAUUGGUAUUUUCUCUUAUGGAGAAAGGUGAGUUAAGUAAUGCAAUCGAUGAACGUUUGAUGAGACAAAUAGAGUGUAAAUAUAACAUCGUGGUCGCUGAGAGAUUGCUUCAUUUGGGUUUGUUAUGUGCUAGUUUUGACCCUUGUGUUAGGCCUACAAUGAGACAGGUUGUGAAAGCUCUGGAGGGUGUAAAAUGCACUGAGUGUAAUGAAGAAUGUGUUCAUGUGAGUCUUAUUAGAAAAAUAAACUCAGCAGCAUCUUGGUCUAAGAGUUCUACCGAUUCUGCACGUGUAAAUUUUCCUACCCUUGAUGACAUUUUACCAUAUAAAUAUUUUUCUGGAGAUUCUUUAAGUGUAUCGUGUUUCAGCGUAGAGCCGAUAUCUGAUUCUCUCUCCGAAGGAAGGUGAGAACUGAAGUUGAGCAAGUAAACCAGGUAGCAUUUUCCAAUGUUUGUAUAAGCAAGAGUUCUUGGAUUAGAAUCCAAAAUCUCUAUUUGACUAACCAUAGUUUUUAUGUAACUUUUUCAUUACCACUUGUAUCAUAAAUAUUUGAAGUCUAAACAUUAAGGAUAUUAUUUCCUUAUCAUUGUUGUAAUUGUCAUUAUUAAUGGAAAUCUUUUCAGUAUUGUUGUAAUUAUCAUUAUUAAUGGAAAUCUUUUCAAUAU